AUGGCUGCUCCUCUUGACGAACUGCACCAGGGCAAUUCUGGCACAUUAAGAUACACCAUUGGUGCUCCUCGCAACCAGAAUGAUAUCCCUCCGCAGAACUCCAAUGGUCAGUACGCGUACACUCCACCACACCAGACAAACGGCAAUGCAAACGACGCUCCCUACGACAGCGAUGCCAGAUAUUCCUCCGACAGCAGAACUGGAAGAAAGAGAUCCGUGGGUGGGCAAGGAGAACGGAGCAGAUCAAGAACAAAUGGCAGCACAGGAAAGUCAUCUAAUUCUGCUGCCCGACAGUGCAGAAAGUGCGGCGAGCCUCUGACUGGUCAAUUCGUCCGUGCGCUUGGUGGGACAUUUCACCUUGAUUGCUUCAAGUGCGCCGACUGCGGCCAAAUUGUAGCCUCCAAGUUCUUCCCUGUGGAUGCCGAGGAUGGUUCUGGACAAUUCCCCCUUUGUGAAACAGAUUAUUUUCGGCGUUUGGAUCUGCUAUGCUACGAAUGCGGCGGUGCACUUCGUGGCUCGUACAUCACAGCCCUUGACCGCAAGUAUCACAUCGAACACUUCACAUGUUCCGUGUGCCCGACUGUUUUUGGCGCUCAGGACAGCUAUUACGAGCAUGACGGGAGAGUCUACUGUCAUUACCACUACUCUACACAGUUUGCACAACGUUGCAAUGGUUGUCAGACUGCUAUUCUAAAACAAUUCGUUGAGAUCUUCCGGAAUGGACAGAAUCAGCAUUGGCAUCCUGAAUGCUAUAUGAUUCAUAAAUUCUGGAACGUCCGACUUGCACAAUCGGAGACUCAGGUGGAGAAGAAAGACAUUCAUGCUGCUGUCACCGAGGAUGAGCGGGAAACUGUCAAAGAAGACGAAGAAAAGAUGGAAGACAAAGUCUAUCGGAUCUGGAGCACCCUCUCUACCUUUGAAGAAUCCUCCGCUUCCUGCAUUUCAGACAUGCUUCUACACGUCAGCAAUGGCGUCUACGUCGAUGGAGUCAUUGUUGCCCGAAAAUUCAUUUGGCAUGUUGAUAUCCUCUUCGGUGCUAUCGACACCCUCGCAGCUUUGGUCAUCAAGGCUCAACUCAAAGAACUCGCCUACGGUCGAGAAGCGAAAUUACUCUGCAAAAAGGUCGUGGCGUUCUUCACACUUCUCUCAAAAACUCAGGAGACCGGGGUACGAAAACUCGGUGUCACUCAGGAGCUCUUGUCUCUGGUCACUGGUCUUGCCCAUUACCUCAAGUUACUCAUUCGCAUUGGUCUCCAAGGAGCACUGAAGCUUGAACGUGAGAAAGGAUCACCUGAAGGCCUCCAUGCCUUUUUGGACGAGCUUGCCGACCUGGAAACAAUCAAGGAACAGGAGAUGAAAUCACUAGAUUUGCAAGAAAGUGUGGCAGGUCUUGCCAGUCAAGAAUCAGAUUGCUGCUCUGCAUGCAUGGAUCCCAUCGAUGACGAGUGUGUCAUGAUUUACGGUCGAAGGUGGCACGCAAAGCCCCGUCACCUCACUUGUAGCGUCUGCCAGCGAGAUUUGACUAGCGACCUGGCCAAUGCGAUGUACAACGAAAGAGAAGAAAAGGUCUACUGCAUUGACCAUGCAAGACGGACACCGGACACAGUCUCAGGCUUUGCCCAUGUCACGAAAUUACAGCAAUACGUAUUCUUACUCCAGGUUGCGUUGGCACGCUUGCUUGAGGUGUUGAAGUCUGGCGGUACCCUUCCACAUACCUCCGAUGAUCCAAACCUGACACCAUACGAUACGAACGAAGGGCAUCAUGUAUCACCUUCCGGGGAACCAGUCACACCUCAUCAGAAGAUGGGAUCACGAUCGAGGUCUUACGCAGGUACAUCGAGCCAACAAGAAUCUUCACUGGAACAGACUGUAGGUGAAAUGAAACGUCUUCGGUCUACUCGAAACGAACGCACUCUUUCCACAACAUUCCGGAAAGCUCGAGAGUCCAAAAUUCUCUACGGCCCGAGUGGUGUACCAGCAGGCUCUCCAGGAGGUGAUGGUCAGGAUAACCGGAAUCCGGGCGGCUUUCAGAUCGUUCAAGAGAAAGAUCUUGAUGGUCGUAUGAAAAACGAACUUACCUUUGGCGGCCAAGAAGGCCUUACCCUGGAUGACAUUCCGAGGAUUGUUGCCGCUGAGCAAGCAAAGGAACAACGGCCGAACGCUUUCCGUCAUGCAGGCACCAACCUGAUUGGUUAUCGAGGUAAUGAACCACGACUUGUCAAUGGGCAUCAGCGAGGCUCAUCUAGUGGUGGUGCUGAUCUCCUGUCCGGCGAAAGUCCUCUCAGAACCAAACGAUAUUUUUCGGAACUGUCCGCAUUGGAGUACUUUAUUGUCCGACAUGUGGCAGUCCUCUCGAUGCAGCCCCUUUUAGAGGGGGAAUACACCCUUGAAGAUUUACUAGGUCUGAUCGAACAGCGAAAGCAGACGUUUUGGGGCAAAGUCAGUCGUGCACUCCGCGGUGACGCCGGCGUGAAGAAGAAAGGAAUCUUUGGUGUGCCAUUGGAGACACUAGUUGAACGCGAGGGAGCAGAAUCAACCAACGGGGUCGGACCUGGCGCCCUCAGAGUUCCAGCUAUUGUUGACGACUGUGUGUCUGCAAUGAAACAGAUGGACAUGUCAGUUGAAGGUGUGUUCAGAAAGAAUGGCAAUAUCAAACGCCUUAAAGAGACAGCGGAAGCGAUCGAUGCAAAUCAGACGCCCGACCUCAACCGAGAAAACCCAGUGCAGGUGGCGGCAUUGCUCAAGAAGUUUCUGAGAGAGAUGCCCGAGCCACUGCUGACAUACAAAUUACAGAAGCUAUUCAUCAUCUCUCAAAAGAUUGUGGACGAUGAACGUCGAAGGAGGGUUCUGCAUCUCACAUGCUGCCUGAUGCCAAAGAGCCAUCGCGAUACCAUGGAAGUCUUAUUCUCAUUCCUAAAAUGGGCAGCCUCCUUUUCUCAGGUUGACGAAGAGUCUGGCAGCAAGAUGGACAUCCACAACUUGGCUACCGUUAUGGCGCCGAACAUCUUGUAUGCGAAAGAGAAGGCACCAGGCGCGAGACUGCCUCAAGUUCCUCAGGUCGAUGACAGCUUCCUCGCUAUUGAGGCGGUCAAUACCUUGAUCGAAUACAAUGAUCUGUUCUGUCAGGUCCCGGAAGAUCUACAGUCCAUCCUGACUGAUACGAAUCUCCAUGGCAGUUCCGCGGAACUGACAACCAAGGAGAUAUUAUCUCGAUAUGGUCAUAUUGCUAAGGGCCAGGUGCAAAAACAGACUGUUGCGGCAGCAGAUGCACCCGUACGCAGCCCCGCCUCGGCUUCGAACUCUCUUGGACCCGUCGCCACAAGGGUGGAUGUCGACCCAUAUCAGGCUACUGCGUGGCAGAAGCAGAGUUCGGUUAGACCUGUACAAAACAUGACCUCAACACCGUCGACAUCAGCGAACGAGUUCAACUUCGGCGUCCCACACAGCCCGUAUGCUCGAGACCGUGCAGGAAGUGCUGAUAGUGGAGGAAGUCAUGGUGCUGUGCCGGGCGGACGACAGAGCUACCAGCCGAGACCCGGGCAAAUGGGCGUAGCAGGUUGA